AUGAGUUCAACUUCAAACUUAGAGUACAAAGAUAUACCGAAGAGGUAUAUUGAUCCUCUUGCUCCAAAGGACAAGGGUGAGGGGUCAAGAGUUAAUGGAAAGGAUUGGAAGAUAAAAAAGGAUGCAUUUAGGGUGAAAACAUUGGGAGUGUCUAAAAAGAGUUCAUUCAAGGAACGAGAGAUGAAGAAGUUGCAGGAGCAACAGUACAAAGAGAGAUUGAAGGAGUUGAAGGAAGAGAAGGAGUCACUUAAAAAACAAAAGAUCGAUGAUUUAAAGAGAAGACGUGAAAUAAAGGCUGAGAAAGAGAGACAUGAAAAGUUGGCAGCAAAGAUGCACCUAAAGAAGGUGGAGAGGUUGAAGAAACGGGAAAAGAGAAAUAAGCUCCUUAAAGAGCGUUAA